GGUCUGCAGGUGCCCGAGGAAGAAGUGGGCUGAGAGGGAGACGAAACGGCCAUAGCCGGUAGUUAGUGGUAGAGGUAGCAAGCAGCCAUAGCUGCGCUAGGUUAGAGAUGGGCUACAGCACGUUUGUGUAUGAGUGUGCGUAUACUAUAGGAGGCGAGCAUGCACAGUACGCAUCCGGAACUGACAUUAUUAAGUUUCCAAUGGGUGGCCAUGUCCUGAAGUACACCUUUCAGGACAGAACACCGUCGACUUUGGAACUAGCUACGUCAAGAAUGGCAGGGAGGACGCAGGUUGAGUCACCUAUUCUUGGACUCGCUACAUUUGGAAAGGGAAAGAUUUCUGUUUAUGGGGACUCUAACUGUCUGGACAGCAGUCACAUGGUGGUUAAUUGCUACUGGCUACUUCGGAAAAUCCUUGAUUUCACAUGCAAAGGGAAUCGAGAUUCUGUUCUUUUCCAUCCAAUGAACCAAUUGUCAAAGGAGAUGGGAUCACCAGAUAUGCAGCUGCCUGCUCGAAGGAAGAGUGUCAACUUCACAGAGUAUUCACUUGUUCUCGGACGGCCGCUUGCGGUAAUCAACGCCAGAACAUUUGCAGUUGGAGUUGCUGCUGCUGCAGCACUGGUUGCUGUUGACAGCAGAGCUGGUGCUGCCAUUGCAAGUGCAGGUGUUGAAGCAGCAACUGCUGCUGUGUCAGCCUAUCCUGGUGUUGUUGAUGUUGAUAUUGCGCCAGCUGUGCUUGGAGUAGCAUCCGCAGGUCUUCGGCAAGUGGUGCAGGGGAAACUCUGCCCGUUUUGCACGGCGGCGGCAGGUCUUCGGCAAGUGGUGCAGGGGAAACUCUGCCUGUUUUGCACGGCGGCGGCAGGUCUUCGGCAAGUGACUUAUUGUAGCACUGCACCUGUUGAGCCUGAAAAUCGGGUUGCUUUCUCCACGUCUUGUCUGGGAGGAGUGGCCAAGGAAUGGGUGUUGGCCGAAGCCAACACUGCCAGCUUUGAGAAUAUAGGUGAGUGGGCUAAGACCCUGACGUUGAGGCAGUUUCUUCAGAAAAUCAAGGAGAGAUUCCUUGACAAGACGAUAGCCGAUAAGGCUUUUGAUGACCUCACCAGCAUUGGCCAAAAGUGUUGGGCUUCAAUUGAUUCACUGUCUCGUGAGGUUUAUCGUCUUUUGCUGGUACCUGGACUGAACUUACAGGACAAUCAGGUUCUCGACAUCUACUCACGUGCAUUGCCCGAGCCCAUUCGUGGACAGCUUGUGGCCGAAUCGAAGUCAGAGGAUGACUCUUCUUCCGCCCGUCGUCCAAACCACCCUGACGCAGUCCUUUGUUCUGUCUCACUGGACGAUUCCCUUGACGAGCUCGGCAAUGAACUUAUAGAACUGGAGUUCGUGGGCGAAGAAAGCAAAGUCUUAGGGCGCAAGGGGGCUGUGUACCGUUACACCGUCAUCAGCCAGGCGGUCAACACCCGGGGGCAGAGGAUGCUACGGUGCACCUUCUGCAAUAAGGUGUGGCACGGAACCCAGUACUACGCAACAAAACACUUCACCCAGCCACAAUAUUGCAAGAAGGUGUUCGACGAAGCACUGUUUGACAUUGCGCAAAAGUGCACACACCGGUUUGAGGCCGACCAGGCGGAGAGGGUCCGGCACUACGCACUGGAGCAUGGGCUACAUGUCCCGCGGUCUGGAGCGAUGGGUGGUGAGGCAGAGUGGAGUGGACAGGGCGUCGGCGGGGGAGAGGAUACCCGGCGUUGGUCCGAGGGUGGUGCUGCGAGAGAUGGGGCGGGCGCCGGUGUCGCUGCGGAGGGCGAGGUGGGUGUCGACCGCGAGGGUAGCAUGGCAGAGGGUGAGCGGACGACGACGGGAGAGGGGUCCGCGCCCGCGGUCGAUCCGGUCAGUCUUCAGACGACGCGGGGCUGGGAUCCCGGAGGCCUGUCCCGCCUGAGACAGCUAGCACGCCGAGUUCCUCGAGGACUCCUGUUCAUGAUACUCCUGAGAUGGGUCGCCAUCUUGCACGGUUUCAGGUUUGGCGGCCAACAGCGGGUCAAUGCUAUAUGCACUGACUCUGCUUCUGCGUACGUGGGGGCUGCGAGGGCUUUGACCUCAGCAGCUAUGCCUCUUGAGCUGAGGAGGAUUACUUGGCUCCCCUGCUCCAUCCAUAUCUGCAACAAGUUGUUGUCAGACAUUGGCACGAUCUGCACCUCUUUCGUGGACACGAUCACGCGUGCCCGAGUUCUGGUGGUGUUUUUCAAAACCCACCAGGCCGCUCUCAGCUUCUUCCGGAGCCGCACGGGAGGAGGUUUGGGGCUCGGACUUUCAUGUGAGACGCGAUUUGCAUCUGUGUACUCCAUGUUGGAGAGGCUGCUGGCUCUGCAGGAUCGUUUGCAGGGCAUGAUGAGAGGGGAGGAUGGGCGGGCUUGGGCUAGGAUCCCGUGGUCGCGCGACGUUUGCGACAUGGCGCGUUGGGUGCGCCGCCAGAUCAGGUGGUCCCCUUGGUGGGAGAGGAUGCGGGCCAUCGUACACGUCAUGGAGCCCGUCAUGGAGUUGUUGAGGCGGAUGGAUCGUGGCAGCCAGUUCAUGUCCCUCGUUGUAAAGUGGACUCAGGAUCUUGCACGCCUUGUGCGGGACGCUUGCGCACGUCUCGGCCACUCGUUUUCGGACCGCGUCAUGAGGCGUGUGCAGGCUUGUAUUCAGCACAUGAUGGAGCCCGCACACGCCGCGGCGUUCUUAUUGAACCCCCGUCGACGGGAUGUUCAGUACUUCUCAUCCCAGCUCGACGAGUACCACUCAUGGCUUGUUCGACAACCCAAGAGGUAUCUGUUGUCACAGACCGGCUUCGACGUGCAGGGUGCUCCCUACCUUGAGGUGUGUCUGCAGUUCGAGGACUUCCACAUGCAGCAGGGUUGUGGGUACGUUCUCCCUCGGCAGCGAGACGAGGGUAUGCUCGACGCUCAGGCGGGCAAAGACGUGGACCCCGUGUGUUCGGGGUUGAGGAGCACGAUGACGCCGGAGGAGAUCGUGGAGCAGGCUGCCCUCAUUUCGCGCGAUCCUAUCGGGUCCGCUGCACCGCCCCCUGUAGAGUCUGUUUUCGGUGCUCGUGCGGCUAUCUUCUGGCCAUACCCCAGGGAUGAUGCCUCUGAGGACGAGAGGGAGCGGGAAUGUGCGGACGACCCCGCGAUUCCCAUCCCGCGCGAGAUUGACGAGUUGCACGAGGGAGGUGAUGACUCGCACGAGGGGGCAGAGCGACCGCACACCGCGCGGGGGGCGGCAGAGCAGGCACAUACAGAGAUGAUGGGGGAGGAGGGGGAUAUUUUGGGGGAUUUCGGGGGCUUUGAGCACUCUCGUACGGCGGUUGGGAGGGGGGACUUGGGAUCCUCAUUGUGCACAAGCGGGCAUGGAUCGUUGUUUAGCGUAGCCCGUCAGCUCGUUUUGGACUCGCCCGAGGAGGGGGAUUUGGAGGAGGAGGGUGUUCAUAGCGGGACAGCGGUGCUGAGGGAGAGACGACCGGAGGAGCACGGAGCGAGCGGAGUUGACACCCUUGAGGGUAUUCGAGAUAUGGAGGACGAGUUAGCAGGAGCAGGGCGGAGAGGAUUGUCAUCUACGCUGCAUGAUAGAUUAGGGGGGGGUGAUGGUGCGCAGGUUGAGAGGGAGGCGGCUAAGGCGGGAGUGGAGGUGGAUGAUGGUGCGCAGGUUGAGAGUGAGGCGGGAGUGGAGGUGGAUGAUGGUGCGCAGGUAGAGAGGGAGGCGGGAGUGGAGGUCGAUGACGGUGUGCAGGUUGAGAGGGAGGCGGGAGUGGAGGUGGAUGAUGGUGCACCAGAGGACGUGGUCAGGGCAGACAGUCCUACGUUGGUUGUGGGAGAGGAGGACGUGGUAGGGGGGGACGUCGCCCAUGACGGAGGAGAGGGCAGCGACACCCUUAACCCGGUUGUCCUGCGUUUCAUCAGUGACGAGGUGGAUCCCGCACUAGCGGGUUUGACCUCGGGCACUAUGACUGCACUAGAGGCGUCGCCAUCAGGAGAGAGUGGGGCGGUUGGCGAUGGGAUGCGGGAUUUUGCACGGAUGUCGAUCGGGCUAUCGCGAGAGAGGGAGGAGAUGGCGCGUGCCCUAGCGGCCGCCGGUUACUCCGCAGAGGAGAUCGAGCAGGCAUUCGCAGGAGCCUCCAGGACUCCUACACGGGUCACGCUUCAACAGGUCUACGUGGAGGGCUCAGGUUAUGAGGAGGUGGAACAUGACGGGGUGCCACCGGUCGUAGUGACAGAUUUAGGAUCAGAGUCAGCAGUUCAGACAUCGGUUAGUGGGCGGCGAGCUCCUGAGGAUAUUGCUUGCCCAUUCGAUGCGGCAGAGCUCGCACGGGCUGCUGUACGUGAUGUCACACGGCAGGAGGACACUUACUCACACAGACCAGGCAUGCCGCCUCCUCCUCCGAGAUCACGUCAUGGUGAUUCACCCUCGACACCAGUGUGUGCACACCUUCGCUCACCAUCCACGCCUGGCAGACCCAAGGUCCGUGACACCACGGGCGUAGGGAGCCUCCCUUUCGACACGACGCUAUUCGGGAGGAUAGAUAUCGACCUUGACGCGACUCGCCGGGUCAACAUCCACACUUCACGACUCCAACCAGGUUUGGGUGGGGGUCGCACUGGGAGGGGUGCGGCUCGGGAGGUCAUGGCGGCAGUUUCUCAGCCGCGGCAUGUUCGUGGGGGUGUACAGACGGAGUGUACGUUAUCGCAGGCUUUGGCAGCAGCAGCACGUGCUGUGCGUGAGCAGACUUCGUGCAGGACCGGAGCAUCUCGUGACCCUGGUCCGCGUCCCGUGCCUGCGGCGGGGGGUGCGUCAUUAGGGGAGUCUUCCGGAGUUGAGGGGUUGGGGAUGCCGCGCGGUUCUCGACGAGAGAGGCCUGUCGCGGACGUCACUCACGCGAGUACUAGGCUUGUUCAGGUGAGGAAGGGAGCUGACCGUGUCAUCGUAGAGGAGGACGAUCCCAAGUCGGAGCCGGCACGUGACGAGUACCCGCUUGAGGAUCACGAGCACAGAGAGGACAAUGACACAUCGAGAGAGGCAGCAAACGUUGCAGCUAGGGAACAGGCUGCAGCAACAGCCAGGGCAACAUCCAUGUCUUCUGCAGCAGCAUCCUCUACUGCAUCUUCUGUUGUCUCCUCGUCUGGACCCCAAUUGGGAAUGCCAACAGGGUCCGCGGGCACUUCCAGUUCAGUAGGAUUACGUCUGUCUACAAGUCAAAUGGCAGGCUCGCAGUUCAACCCGUUGACUCCUCGCGAAAGGGAGCUCAGGGAGCUGCAACAGGUCGAAAGGAUCCGUGAAAGAUUAGAGAGGGAACUGAAACAAGCUACCGACAGAGAAAGGGAAAUCAAAAAUAGAACAGCCAGGCUUGAUACAUUAGUGGCUGACAAAGCUGAAUUAGAGGACUUGGAUGACUCAGGAAUGAAUGAGCCCAUGAAAGUGUUGAGGAACAACAUGUUGUCGUUGCAUGCGCACGUGGACAGCAGGUUGGACUUUAUGCAGAGCACUCUAGACCAGAUCUUGGACGCUUUGACAAGGCCAGGAUUUAGGCCACCAGCACAAUCGUCGUUGCCAUUAUCGGCGAUGUCAGGGCCCUUUCCAGUUCAAGCUGACCAGUAUGACUUCAAGCUUGAGUAUCUGAAGGGAGAGUAUAAUAAGGUUGCCGAUGCGCUAUCACGUAGAGCAAACUACCUAGGUGCGCUAGUUUCUGACUUUGGCGUAUCUGAUGAAGUAACUCAAUCGUUGGUGGGAGCCUAUCAGGAAGACCCUAUCACGAUGGACAUCAUUCGCAAACUUCAAGCAAAAGACAAGGCCACGGAAAGACAGAGUGUUUCCAUGGAUUUCAUGGACAUCCUGGUGACUAGUAAAAGUGGCAAGAGGCAUAUCUUCGUCAUCAUCGAUCGAUUCACCAAGUACGCUAGACUAGUGGCUAUGCAAGAGACCGCAAGAACUGACUAUGUCAUCAAGUUGUUCAAAGACAACUGGGUGCGUGACUUUGGUUUACCAAAGUCAAUCGUUAGUGACCGAGAUGUCCGAUUCACAAGUGAGUUGUGGAAGAAGACUGCAGAACAGAUGGGCAGUCAACUUCAGAUGACUUCAGGGAAUCAUCCCGAAGCCAACGGACAAGCCGAGCAAAUGAACAGAGUUGUACAACACUUGCUGAGGCAUUACAUCAAGCCCAACCAGGAUGAUUGGGAUGAGCAGUUGCCUCUCAUCGCCAGCCUGUACAACUAUGCUGUCCACAACAGUACCGACGUUAGUCCUAAUCAACUUCACUUGGGAUGGAAGCAUAGAUCAGCAUUAGACUUCCUCCUACCUGAAAACCGGCCCGCUGCAACUCCAGGCACACUUGAGUAUGGUGUGCAAUAUGAGAAGUUGCUGCAAGAAGCUGUCAAGCACAUGAAGAAAGCUCAACAACCAAUGAUUGCUUCUGAGAAUCAACACCGUUGACAGUCCACAUUUCAGGUAGGGGAACGUGUCUGGGUCAAGGCUAGUGAGUUAGGACAGGAGUUCGGAAUCU